AUGCUCCUUCUCUCCACGUCAACGCCCGCACACCACCACAGUCUGAAGGUGACGCUGUUGAAGGCACACAAGGAAGGAAACACGCCCACACAAGCAGUAAUGUCUGGCUGGGCGCGUGCGCUGUCGCUCGCGGCCGUCCUGGUCGUCAUGGCGUGCCUCGUCCCCGCGGCGACGGCGAGCCUGCAUGCGGAGGAGACGCUGGCGUCGCAAUUCGCAGAAUUCAAGCAGAAGCAUGGCAGGGUGUACGGGAGCGCCGCGGAGGAGGCGUUCCGCCUGAGCGUGUUCCGGGCGAACCUGUUUCUUGCGAGGCUGCACGCCGCGGCAAACCCACACGCGACCUUCGGCGUCACGCCCUUCUCGGACCUCACGCGCGAGGGGGCCCAGCCACCAUGGAGCGCAUGCCGACCCUCCUGGGCGUCAAUUUCCGGAAUUCCGUGGAAUGGGCGCGCGCGUGGCGGCGCUCCCCGAGGAGGCAAACCAGCGCCCACCACGAAUGGCACCGAUUCCGCCCGCCGCGUGGGGAACUAA